AUGCCGAGCGACCAGCAUCAGCAGCAUGACAAUGCCACUACACGUCAGUCUGGAGCUGAUGACGAUGUAGCUGAACGGGCUGGAGGGUAUGAAGGUGGAGCUGGAGAGGUUAUACGGGCUGUAGGGUAUGAAGAUGUAGCUGGACGAGCUGGACAACCGGAUGGCUAUGAUCAUAUUGAAAGGCUUACUGCUAAUGAUGAUGGUGUAGGUGAUCAGUCUAGAGCUGAUCAGCCUGGAAGUCAUAGACUACCUGGACCUUCCAAGCUUUACAAGGAUGUAGCCAAGUCUUCUAAGCCUCAUUACGAUGUAGAACCUCGGUCGCAGAAGCUGCUACAGCUUUCAGAAGAUGACCAGAAGCCAGAUGAAGGCCUACCUUACUGUCAGCACGAGCUACAACCUAACGAAGAAGCCGUAGGUCAUGAAGACAAUGUAAAUGAAGUUGCAGCUCAUGAUGAUGUUGAAGUCAAAAAAGUUCAUUUUGAAGAUGAUCAGCUAGCCAAAUCAACAGACUUCAAAACUUUAUCAAAAAGUCAUUUUGGCCAUCAGAAGACUUCAAAAGGCUACAAAUCUACCGUACAACCCAGUAGUUUUUGCUCAGUACAACAAUAUGAUCAGCCUGGUCCUAGUCGAGUUCUGAACCAUGGUACAGAAAGCUUCUCUACAUCAUCGUUAAUUCAGAAUCAGAAUACUGGGUCAUAUUCCCAUCUUCAAAACAGAGCUACACCGUCAUCUUCAAGCUUUCAAAGCCAAACUACACCGUCGUCUUCAGGGCUUCAAAAUCAGGCUUCAUCGUCAUCUGCUGGCCUUCAAAUUCAAGCUACACAGUCUUCAUCUGGCCUUCAAAAUCCGGCUACAUCGUCAUCAUUUCAGCUACCAUCUUCAAGCCAAACAUCGUCAAGUUCAGCUAGUUUUUCUAACCUUAACUUUGGCUUGGCUACAUCAACGUUCUUUCAACCUAGCCAAGAAUUAAGCCAUAGAAUCGCUAGUCAAGGCCUAACUAAUCAAAGCCUAGCUAGUCAAGGCCUGGCAAGUCAAGAACAGGCCAGCCAAGGCUUAUCAAGUCAAUCUCUAAACAGCCAAAGCCUACCCAGCCAAAGCCUCGCUAGUCAAGACCACACAACUCCAAGCCUACCCAACCAAGAUCUAGUAAGCCACAGUCUAGCUAACUUGACCAUCCAAAACACUAAUACUACAAGCCUAUCACUUGACCAAAGCCUAGCUCAAAAUCUACCACAACUUUACCUUCAACCGGUCGAUAAUCAAUCCGAAGAGACGGAGUUCUACUCUACUAUUCCAACAGCUUAUAUCUACUCGAAUGAAGACCAAAUGGCUUCUACAUCAUCGUUUACACAAGGAUUCUUGCCCAAUUAUAAUUAUGCCUUAACUCCAACUUUGGACUUUAAUAUGCUUUGGACUCCGUGGUCUUUCGAAAUGGUAAGGGUGGGGUGGUUAAGGACUUUAAAAUUUUCAAAAAUUGUUAAAACAAAAAAAUACGGGACAGGGAGGGUAAAUUUUCAUUGACCGGGCUUUAAAAAAAAUUUUUUUGGUUUUUGUAUUACCUAAAUUAGUAGAUUUUUGGUAGUGCAGGCUCUAGGUGAUUGGCUAUAAGCUGGACGGAAAACAUUAAUUUUAGCAUUUUGUAAAGAAAGAUCUUGCCAUAUUUUGUUUUGUAAAGAAAGUUUUUGACAUAUUUUGUUUUGUAAAGAAAGUUCUUGCUAUUUUCCGUUUUGUAAAGAAAGUUUUUGUGAUUUUUUGGUUUGUAAACAAAGCUUUUUCCAGUUUAUGUUUUGUAAAGAAAGGUCUUACCAUGUUUUGUUUUGUAAAGAAAGUUCUUGCUAUUAUCCUUUAAUUUAUGAAAUUUUGAAGUUUUGUUCAAAAGUUUGAAGCUUUGACGUCAUUUUACCACACCCCAAUGCCUAUGCCUUGUCCGCAUCCCCUUCUUAUUUCUCGCCCACACCCCCUUACCGUACCUCUUCGUCUAUUUGCUAUAGUAUAAAAGCCAUAACAACUUUUCUUCGCCUAUAAAUAAACCUUAAAAACUGCCUUAAGCCCGAAAGCAAUCCACGAAAAGCGCCCCAAAAGCAUUGUUUGCGCAUUUUUAAUAUCAAGAAUAAUAUUUUGUAGGCAGACAGGUAUCCAAAAAGGCUUGAUCUGGUAUUUAAGUUGAGGAAACCGUUGGGUAAAGAAGGUAAAAUUAUGUUUUAA